UGCCAUGGGCUGUGCUCUCCUCACAGGCUGCCUGGAGUUUGUGUCCCUCCUUAAAGCUUUUGAGAUCCCUGCCCCGUGAAAGCACCUGUGCCAUGUGUGAGGAAACAUCGUUCCUUAAGCGGAGAAUCUCAGUCCUGAGGUUUAUUGUCACUGCUGUGUGAGAUUCAGGAGGACCUUCAGAAGCUUAAAAUGGAAAAAAACAACUUGAAAGGAAACGCAGAAGCCGUGGAUUUUUGUGACCUCAGAAAAGCACCUGAAAGGACUGAACUUGGGCUGAGAAAACACGCUGAAAAUUAUUUCAAUGUUAUAAAUGGCCAAGAGUUAACUCUUUCUUCAGCUGGUAAUAAAGAAGUAAAUUCCAAAGAGCCCCCUAAGUGGAAUCCUGCUUUUGGUGCCUGUCAGAAGCAGCUGGUUCUGCCACCAGUGGAGCCUGUGACUGUGCAGGGCUGCAGCAAAUCAGCCCCACGUGUGUGCCAGGGCCCUCAGCAGGUGGAAAUGGAUUUUAGAAUUAUGCUUGACCCAGAGAAUGUGGAUAAUAAAGCUGGUUUAAAACAUCCCAACGAUGAGACCAGGCUGCCUCUUAUAGCUAAGAAAAAAUCUGCUCCUGUGUGCAGUCAGAAGACAGGGAAGGAUCCCACAGCCACCAGCCCUUGGGCUUUGCCUGCCUUCCACUCCCUGGGCUCUCCCUUCCCCCUGGCAGAAGAGGACACCCCAAAAGGUGCCCUGAGCCUCACUGGCCAGAGGCUCAUCCUUCCAGCAGCACAGAGAACUCUGCCAGCCCCUCCUGCUGUGCCCAGAGCAGCUCCUUUCCCUGAAUUCCCCAGGCAGCACAAGAAAUCAGCUCUGGGAGAGAUCAGUAGCAGGCUGGACCCUGAGAACACAGACACCAUCACCUUCCCAAAGGCAAAGGAAGCCAUUUGUGGCACAUAUUCCUCUAGUAAAGGGAACAUUGCACCACUCCCAUCCAGCAAUUCCAUGGUUGCAGCAAGGAAAUCAAAGCCAGAGUGGAGAUAUCCAGCUCAGCAGUUGCAAUCUGAGGUGCACAUUCCCCCUCAGACACAGUCCCCACAAUCAGCUCAACCCUUCCAGGAUCCCUGCUUGGAUUGGGACAGUGCUGUUCACCCGAAAGCUCCAGGUGUUCUGGCCCUCCAGCACCUCCAUCAUUCCUCUUGUGGGAGCAUUGUGGGAUUUUUGGAACCCACAGAAAAGCUCCUCAAAGACCACUCUGUCCCCUUGGCCACCAUCAACAGCCAAAAGUUGGCACAAAUCCCUUUAGACUUGGAUUUUAAAGAGAAUCCCACCAAAAGCGGCGUUUUAUCAGUGAUGAAGAACCAGCCAGCUGUGGAAAAGACCCUGAACGGAGCUGGGCAGCGCUGCGGGGGCGGCGCAGGGGCUGCUGCAGGCAUGCAGAGGUGGGCUCCCAGCCCCGUGGCAGGCUCAGGACUGCGGCAGCAGCGGGCAGCAGGUGUGAUCGGCGCUUCCUGGCGCUCCCGGAGUCACCUGGCACGGCUGAGGAACGCCCUGGGGGAAGCACGCCGCAGACACCUGGAGAAUUUCUCCAGCAGGGCCAAGCAUCUGGCAGCCAACUGGAAUCGCAUCAGGACCUCCAGGAGGACUAUUAUCCAUAUCCCAUCAUUAGGAUAUUCCCAACACAUCCGUGAGCACAUGCCUGACCUUGCUGUCCAGCAGAACCUGCAGAUGGGGAGGCUCUGUGACAUCCUGGAUGCCAACGUGGACGUCAUCUACAUCUGCCCCCUUGCUCUGAGUGAGGAGUUACUGCAGUAUUACAAUAAACUCCUGGGUCUGCAGGCAGCUGUUAGAUCUGGGAACCCCGAGGACAUGGCUGACCUGCAGGACAGGUUCAAAAUUCUCACCCCUGAAGCUAUAAACAGCUUCCCUGAGCAUCACAUGUGCCUGGCCACUGUGCUCAAGUACAGCCCCAGGACCCUGCAGAGGCUGCAGGUGCUGCUCCAGGGCAGGGAUGCCUACGUGGUUGGGGGUGUUCCCCACCUGGAUGAUUUGGCUGUGGCUGACCAGCUCCAGGUGCCACUUUUGGGCUCAGAGCCAGCAGUGGCUCAGCUCUACAGCACCAAGUCUGGCAGCAAGAGAAUCUUUGCCAGUGCUGGAGUGCCAACCCCUCCUGGAGAGUGGGACAUCCACAGCAGGGAGCAGCUGCUCCGUGCCCUCGGCCAGCUCGUCCUGGACAAUUUGGAGGUGCAGCGCUGGCUCUUCAAGGUGGACGAUGAGCGGGCAGGAGAUGGCACUGCCUUCUGUGAUGUCACUUCCCACCUGGAAUGCUACUCCUGGAUCCAGAGGGAACUGCAGGGACACGGCCCCGAGGUGUGGAGUGAGAGCCAGGCUCGUGAGCUAGCUUUGGUGAAGAUCUCCCAGGAGCUGCCGGGCCUUUUAGCACAGCACGUACAGCCAGUCAAUGAGAAACGAUUCCCUACAUGGGAAAAAUUCCUCCAAACAUUUCUUACUCAAGGUGGGGUGAUCGAAGCCUUCCCGUCCUCGGGCAGCGUCACCAACCUGACGGUGGAUCUGCUGAUAGAGCCAACGGGGGAGGUGACACUGCUGUCAUCUGGAGAUCAGCUCCACGCUGAGGGGCCCCUCAGAUCUUCUGGCACCACCAUCCCACAGCGUUCCGUGGAUCCUGAGGUUCUCAAAGCUCUCUGCCUGAAAAUUGGGGAGGCCUGUAAAUCCAAAGGAGUGCUCGGCUACUUCUCCGUGGACUUUGUGGCUUUCACCCAUCCCCAAACGAGGGAGCAGCAGGUGUGGGCAACAGACCUUGACCUUUGCUACAGUGACCAGCUGGCCUUGAGUCAGCUCCUGGUGUACCUGACAGAUGGAAACCUGGAUUGUGGCUCCAGCAUCCUGCAAGCACCUCUGGGAGCAAAGGAAAGCAAAAGCCAAGGGGUUCAGCACGAGGGGACAAAACCUCCUGUCCCCAGCAGCCCCUGGUGUGCCGUGGCCAGCAGCCAGCUGAGGCAUUCCAGCCUCUCAGGGAUCUCCUACAACCUCCUCCUCCACAUGUGCAAAGCUCAUGGGAUUGGAUUUGACCUCCAGGAAAAACAGGGAACAGUUUUUGUGUUGUAUGAAGACCAGAAGCGACACAGCCUGGGAAUGAUAACAAUCGGAGAGGAUCUCCAGGGGGUCCUCCUGACCUUUGCUCGCAAUCUCUUCAUCAUCCAUCAAGAAAUAUCAGCACCUAAUAUGCAAGGCGAGACCAAUUUUAAGAUGGCAAUUCGAGAUAUUGAAGCAAUUGUAGGAGUUACAGCACAAAACAAACUGAGAUUGGAAGAAGAGCAACCUUGGGAAGCAGAUGCUCUGAAAGAAUAGUUAACAGAAAAUGUUCAAGUGCCUCAUUCCUUCUGCUUCUGGAAAUGCUUCCUCAUCUGUAAGAACAGGUUUGGUUUUCCUUCUGAGCUGGUGUGUGAAGUAACAUUAACUGAGACAGAAAAUCUCUGUGGUUCCUGCCCGUGCCAUUGGGAACAUCCCACAUUCAGUCAGAUCUUUAAUAUCCCAACAGACAACACAUUCCACAUUUUACUGUGGAAGAGCAGAUCUCUCUGCAUGGAGGCUGUUAUCCUAGGAAUGGCCAGUAUCCUUGGGAUUACUUCCCAAAAAGCUCAGGCAAAACCAGUUUUAACACAAAUACUAAACAAGACCAAGCAGUUGCACGAGAUCAGCACCCAGUUUUUCUGACAGCAAAUCUUUGAUCCCUCAGCAUGAGACAUUAUUUUCUGUGGUUUUUUUCCCUUUGAUCACAGAAUUAAUUCAUUUGCAUAAAUGCUG